CAGAAAAACAGAGAGACGGACCGAGAACUCAGAUUGCUUCUACGGAGACUCCAACUCCGACACUUGCCCGAGACAGGUUACCAGUUGGUUGGCUCGGUUAUUCUCAGCCAUGAUGAAAGGCGCGCUUUACCUGCAGGCCUGGUUGGUGGUGGGGGGUGGUGAAGAGCAGUAAAUGCUUUAUGCCUCGGUGCCGCUAUUGAUUCAUCACCAUCAUUUAAGACACAAAAGACCCCCACCACCUUGGUGCUUUUACCUUGCUUUAAAGCUUGGUCUCCAUUCUUAUUUCUCGGAUUCAACCCCUCUUACUUGUUUCCUCUCAAUAUUUCUUUCCUUCUUGAGGCUGUCGUCCUGAACAGAAGGAAUUCUGGUCCCUUCUUCCUUUUCUAGAGCAUGAUUUGUUGCCUUCUCAGGGAAAGAGCUUCUUGAGUUUUAUCAUUUUCGGCAAUUGGUCGUGGUGAUUGUCAUGAAUUGCGGGGUCGAAAGAAUGGUUCGUGGGGUUCUUCAUUUCAUAUUAUUUUUUUCUUGAUGGCGGCUUAAUGAAGAACCGGUUUCGAAGAGAGCUUAUCUAUUUUCUGUUUGUCGCGCACGGGCUUGGAGGAUUGUGAUUAUUUCUAGGCAGGAAACGUGGAUUUUUUUUAUGGUUGUUGGAUUGUUGGGUGGAAAGAAUCCAGGUUUCUUUCACCCAUUUUCUGGUUUUUGUUGCAUCUAUAUUGAAGAUUGAAAGGAAUUGUAUCAAUCAUGCGGUUCCUAAGCAUGAUGGGCAAUUCCUUCGGUUGCUCGGCUUCCGGAGAGCGUCUGGUUUCCGCCGCGAGAGAAGGAGACUUUCAGGAAGCAAAGGCUUUACUGGAAUGCAAUCCCCGACUUGGUAGAUACUCGACUUUCGGGGUUCGCAAUUCACCCCUGCAUUACUCGGCUGCUCAGGGACACCAUGAGAUUGUUUCGCUUUUGCUGGAAUCCGGGGUGGACUCAAAUCUCAGGAACUAUCGUGGGCAGACAGCACUAAUGCAGGCGUGUCACCAUGGUCACUGGAAAGUCGUUCUGACCCUCAUCCUUUACAAAGCCAAUAUUCAUAAAACAGAUUGUCUCAACGGAUUCACUGCCCUUCAUUUUGCUGCAGUGAAUGGGCAUCCCCGUUGUAUCAGGCUCCUCCUUGCCGACUAUAUUCCUAGUGUGGCAGGAACUUGGGAUGUUAUAAAGACAAAUUCAUCAACAGAUGCAUCUAAUGUGGCAUUGGAAGAGAGCGAACUAUCCAGAAUCAUUAAUAAAGCCGCAGAUGGUGGAAUAACUGCACUUCAUAUGGCCGCAUUACAUGGACAUGUUGAGUGUGUGCAGUUUCUUUUGGAUCUGGGAGCCUCUGUUUCUAAGGUGACUGUAGAAGAUGGGACAACAAUUGACUUGAUCGGCGCUGGAAGCACACCUCUUCAUUAUGCUGCUUGUGGAGGAAAUGCACAGUGUUGUCAGGUAUUGGUUUCUAGAGGUGCCAGCCUGACUGCUGAGAAUGCGAAUGGCUGGACACCAUUGCUUGUUGCACGCUUGUGGAAUAGGCAUUGGCUUGAAGGAGUUCUAAGUAAGCAUCCAGAAAGUAGGCAGUCCACUACUCCUUCACCAUAUUUAUCGAUUCCACUUAUGAGCAUCAUAAAAAUUGCUAGGGAAUGUGGAUGGAGGACUUCUGAUGCACUACCCACAUGUGGUGAUCCUUGCUCUGUUUGUUUGGAAAGGAAUUGUUCAGUGUCAGCAGAAGGCUGUGGGCAUGAACUAUGCACGCAAUGUGCCCUGUACCUUUGUUGUACAAACAGUACGCCGACAGCAUCAUCUGGCUCCCCAGGUUCAAUUUCAUGCCCUUUUUGCCGGCAAGGAAUAGUGUCAUUCACCAAGCUACGAGGAACAUAUAGAAUCAAGGAAGCUGGUCGACCAAGCCUGUCACUCUCUCUCUGCACAACGUUUUCAGGCGAACCAGCUGAACCUGGUCCGCUGCAGUCAAAACCAUACAGAUCUGACUUCACCUGCACCAGAAUUUCACCAUUUUCAUCCUCAUCUUUCCGUUCACUGAGCGGUCAGAGGUUUGGGUCUAUGAAGCUGAAUACCAGCUUUUGCAUGGGUGGUUCGGAAACUUGUCCAUCCUUGGUUCCUUGCAGUGAUAGAAGAGUACAGAACCAAAUGGGUUUGCGUACAGUGUUGCAGCGAUCUGCUUCCCACAUAGAGAAUAGAAGAUCAGGUGAUUGGCUACCACUGAACUAGUAUGUUGCCAGUGGCAGUCGCUGAAGUUUGCUUGUGUACUUUCUUGCCGGAUGUGCUAUUGAUUUCGGUUCCUCCAAUGUCUUUUCGAUGUAAAUACGGCCAUGUGCACUCAUUCAGAAAACCACUCGAUGUAACUACCCGUGUAUCCAAAGCGUCUUGUAUGAAAAGUUUCCUUUUAAUUUGUGGGUCCGAUUGUUUUUACAUCUAAUGAGAUAUUUGUUUAGAAAGUCGUGAAACUUCCAGAUUUA